UUCGCCUCCAGGACUGCAAAGGGUUAAACACGCACUGAGCCUUUUUCUGUCUUGCAAUCUGGACCCGGUCACGAAGGUAGACCUGGAUCUGCCUGGCCUGCGUAGUUCGUAUUCAUCCUUCUGUGUUUUUUCCCGCGCAAUUCGGUCCGCGCAGAGUCUUCUACCGGGUCGAGAUCCCUUGGAGUGACAAGCAAAAAGGGUCCCCAAGAAAAUUAGGCGGUGAACCGUGCUAGCCUCGACUCCGUCCCACCAAACUCGUCCUCAACUUCGCCCUCACUCAACUCAACUUCAAUAAUUCCUUAAUCUUUCCGACGACAGCCACGCACGAGGCGUCAGAUCCCCAUUUGAGAUCCCUCUUUAAUCUUCUGUCAAGGUCAAGCCCUUCUUUCAAGGCUCCCUCAACAUGUCGGAAAUCCCAAAGAAACAAAAUCUCCAAACCGCUCCAACCCCUCAAAAUACUCCUGCCAACAAUGCUCCUAUCUCCUCCCACGCCCAGCAACCCGGUGUAGGCACCAUCAAAGAAGAGGAGUUCGACCGCGCCGCAGCAGCGUCCAUCUUCGCGCAAAACCCGAAGCUUGUCCAGAUGAUUCAGGGCAAGCUUGGCUCACUUGUUGGCCGGUCGUCCGGUUACGUUGAGUCUCUCCCUGCACCAGUUCGCCGACGUGUUGCCGGCUUGAAGGGAGUGCAGAAGGAACACUCGAAGUUGGAGGCCCAGUUUCAGGAGGAGGUCUUGGAAUUGGAGAAGAAAUACUUUGCCAAGUUCACCCCAUUAUACCAAAAGCGAGCCCAGAUCGUCAACGGUGCCGCGGAGCCUACUGCCGAGGAGAUCAAGGCUGGCGAAGAGGAUGAGGAGCAGCAAGAUGCGACAGAAUCCGCCGAGAAGGAGGAGGCAACUUCUGAUGUCAAGGGCAUUCCAGAAUUCUGGCUGUCCGCGAUGAAGAACCAAAUCUCCCUCGCUGAGAUGAUCACCGAUAGAGAUGAGGCAGCCCUCAAAGACCUCGUCGACAUCCAAAUGGAGUACCUCGACAAGCCCGGUUUCCGUUUGAUCUUCCACUUUGCCGAAAAUGAAUUCUUCACCAACAAGACCAUCAGCAAGACAUAUUUCUACCAAAAUGAGAGCGGCUAUGGCGGAGACUUCAUCUACGAUCACGCUGAAGGCGAGAAGAUUGACUGGAAGGAAGGCAAAGACUUGACUGUGCGAGUUGAGAGCAAGAAGCAGCGGAACAAGAACACCAAGCAAACCAGAGUUGUCAAGAAGACCGUGCCAACAGAGUCCUUCUUCAACUUCUUCAACCCUCCUAAGGUGCCAACCGAUGAGGAUGAUGACGAUGCUGCGUCCGACAUUGAGGAACGCCUUGAGCUUGACUACCAAUUGGGAGAAGAUAUCAAGGAGAAGCUCAUUCCCCGCGCUAUUGACUGGUUUACUGGCGAGGCUCUCCAGUUCGAGGAGAUUGAGGACGACAUGGAGGAAGGCGACUUCGAGGAUGAGGACGAUGAGGAAGACGAUGACCUGAGUGAAGACCAUGACGAUGAGGAAGAAUCAGACGAUGAUGACGAUGCUGCGAAACCAAAGCAGGAGGCUGCUGAGUGCAAGCAGAGUUAAACCUUCCGAGUUGAAUCCGGCCUCUGAACCGCCCGACCUCUCCCCUUAGCCCAAAACUCAAACCCCGCCUAUCACUCUUUUGGCCUCUCGAUGGCCCUCUCAGCCAAGAUUGCCCCCCGCAUUUGACACACCAAAUGCUUGGCGUAGAUUCUUGGGGAGGGACCUCUCUAAUUGCAUAGGUGUUUUUACAUGGCACGAUGGAACUACUUCGUCGUUGCCUCUAGACUAGUCUAAUCAGCUUCCGAAGCUUGCUCUGAUUUUUUUUGUUGGUUGUACUGCAUCUAUCUCUUCAUGCAUUUUCGAUUAAUGCAAAUGCAAAUAUUGCAAGGGCGCACUCCGUAGAAAACAUAUAAGAAAAGUUCACCGAAUUCAGCCAAGUCAGCAAACGUG